UUAACACUAAGUGUAUAAUUUGAAAAGAUUGAAAUUUUUUGUGAGAAUAUUGAGUUCAAGUGGUUAGAAUAACAGUCGAUCUGGUAUAAAAGAAGGUAUAUUCUGAAAGAAGAACAGAUUCAAAAAUGAGAAAAGAGAAGACAAUUGUACGACCUACCAAAGUGUCUAACGAGCCAAAGACACGCAAUAUCUACAACGGUGAUAUUGGAAAAAAGACAGAACUGGUUCGCGUAAAGAACUUUAUAUCGCAGAAACAACUUCCGGACACUCUUCAUUUGACGGCAAACCGUUCCGCAUGUCCUGGAACUGUAUGUCUCGGAUCAUUGAUGCAGAAUUCUGGAUCUAGGAAAGAUAAUACGCGAACGAAUACCGAAAUUUUUUCCCAGGCAGUGAAAUUUAUCGAGGAAUAUUAUAUGCAACAGAAGAAAACUGUUGAUGAAGUAGAUAUUCGUCUUGACCAAAUUUCGCUGGAGUUGAGUGCAACUGGGACUUACACGUUAACUUCCAAAGAAUUAGAAUUCGGGGCUCGCACAGCUUGGCGUAAUGCAUCACGAUGCAUCGGUCGAAUUCAGUGGCAAAACCUAAACUUAUUUGACGCUCGUCAUGUUCGCACCACUAGAGAUAUGUUUGAAGCGGUCUGCAAGCAUAUAGAGUUUGCAACCAACGAAGGAAAUAUUCGAUCUUGCAUCACUGUUUUCCCACAACGUGUUGCCGGUCGAGACGACUUCCGAUUAUGGAAUCCUCAACUCAUCAGUUAUGCCGGUUAUUUGCAACCGGAUGGCAGUAUAAUUGGUGAUCCGUUUCGAGUUGCCCUGACCAGAAUAUGCGAAAGACUUGGAUGGAAAGGUAAAGGUGGUCGGUUUGAUGUGCUGCCUUUGAUUUUUUCGGCUCCAGGCGAAUGUGCAAAGUUUUAUGAAUUGCCGAAAAAUAUCGUGCUAGAAGUCGAACUUGAACAUCCAAAAUACGACUGGCUUGCUGAAAUGAACUUGCGCUGGUACGCGCUACCAGCUGUGUCAGAUAUGUGCUUCGAUGUUGGUGGCAUUGAAUUCUGUGCUGCCCCAUUCAAUGGUUGGUACAUGGGAACAGAGAUCGGUGCCCGUAAUUUCUGCGACAAGUACCGGUACAACUUGUUACCGGAAUUUGGCGAAAAGAUGGGCCUAUCGGUUGACGAUCCAACGUCGCUGUGGAAAGAUGAAGCUCUACUGGAGGUCAACAAAGCUGUCGUUUAUAGCUUCGCAAAGAAUAGAGUUACACUCGUUGAUCAUCAUACCGCAUCGCAGCAGUUUAUGCAACACAUGCAAAACGAAACGAAAAAGCGAGGCGGUUGUCCAGCUGAUUGGGUUUGGAUUGUUCCGCCAAUGUCCGGAUCAGCAACGGAAUGCUAUCACCAGGAAAUGGUCAACUACCAUUUGAAGCCAUCAUUCGAAUACCAAGAACCGGCGUGGAGACAUUAUGAAUGGAAAAAAGUUGAGAUAAAAACCAAAUUGUCGGUUGUUGCACGUACAGUUCGUACUUGUGUGCGGCUAAUGAGGGCGAUUAUUGCAAAUCGUGUAAAGGCAACGAUUUUGUUCGCUACGGAAACAGGUCGUUCUGAAAUUUUUGCUGAAAAAAUUUGCCAAAAACUCUCGUCGUCAUUAAAUGUUGAGCUGAUCUGUAUGGACAAUUAUGAUAUCAACCAGUUGCCCGAGGAACGAUUGCUUUUUGUGGUGGCAUCGACGUUUGGCAACGGUGAUCCACCAGACAAUGGAAAAUCAUUCUGGAAAUCACUCUGCAACAUCCAAAAAACGAGAAGCGAUUUCAAUCUGAACAACUUGAUGUUCUCUGUUUUCGGUUUAGGCUCUUCGCUCUACCCGAAAUUUAACGCUUUUGCUAAAAAUAUUGACAAAAAAUUGCGAGAGUUGAACGCCAAAUCGUUGAAACCAAUUACAACUUCUGACGAAAUGAAAGGACAGGAGAAACUGUUUUCGGUCUGGUGUGACGUAGUUUGCUCCAAAGCACUCAACGUUUUUGGUGUGAUAGAAACUGGCGAUGUUGAUCACAACGACGAUGAGAUUGUAAUUGACGAUACUGAAUCCUUUGGAACUGAAGUAUUUGAUGGUUCACGAUAUCGUGUCAUAGUCCUGGACAAUGUUAAAUCUGUUAAAGAACAAAAAUACCAAUCGGGCCUGGCAGCAGUUCAUAGCGAUCGCCGCUAUCCGCCUUUAUUACCCAUGAAAGUAGUGUCACGGAACUAUCUUCAACCAUUCGACAAUAAAUUCGAUAAGCAGUCAAUGUUGGUUCGCCUCCAGCCGAUGAACCUAGCACAACAGCUAUCAUACAAACCAGGCGAUCAUCUAGGCGUGUUUCCUCGGAAUUCACCAAAUGUUGUAGAUGCAUUAAUGCAACACCUCCGCGAUACACAGUUAGUCAAUCCACAGUACUUGGAGAGUGCUGUUUUAGAAGUGCAGCAUACAAAAGAUAACAUCAACUGGAUAUCACAAAACCGGCUACCACCAGUUACACUACACGAAGCAUUAACAUGCUACUUGGAUAUAACUUCAACACCAGGACAACGAUUCCUCGCGUCGAUGUCGAUGAUGGCUACUGACGAAGCUGAAAAAACCCGCUUGAAUCAACUCGCUCAAGUACCGGAAGAGUACAAAAAAUGGAUAAUGUCAAAUUAUCCAAGUUUGCUUGAUGUACUACUCGAAUUUCCAUCUGUACGCAUUACACCCGAAUUCUUACUAUCACGUCAACCAUUAUUAGCUCCACGCCUAUACUCAAUCAGUUCCUCAUUAAGCGCCCAUCCCAAUGAGGUUCAGCUAACGAUGUCUUUAGUUCAGUUUUCCGCUCACAAAGGUCCUGCCGGUGCAAAGAAAUUCGGAGUUUGCACAUCAUUUUUCGAUAGACUACCAGAACAUAAAGUUCACUGCUUUGUACGUCCGUGUGCCAGUUUCCGAUUGCCUGAUGACAGUUCAGUUCCUAUUAUACUUAUCGGUGCUGGAUCUGGAAUUGCACCUUUCCGCUCAUUCUGGCAAGAACGCGAAGCGAUAGCCAAUGAAUCGGGAAACAGCUCUCUGGGCAAAUGCAUUUUAUUCUUCGGAUGUCGAUCAAGGGACAUUGACUACUUGUAUGAAGAAGAACAUGCGAAACUUCUCGAACGGGGAAUUUUACACAACGUUUUCGUCGCUUUGUCACGCGAAGACAGAAGAAUCUAUGUUCAAGAUGAAGUGUUCGAACAACGAUCUUUGGUAUUAGAUUUACUGGAGCGACAAGGUGCUCAUGUGUAUGUUUGUGGUGAUGCUGCAAUGGCGGAUGGAGUACGAAAAUCGCUACAGAAGGUGUACACUAGCGCAGCGUCUUAUAACGAAUCAGAAGCUGAAAAUGCUGUCGACGAUUUGUUCAACGAUAACCGGUACCACGAAGAUGUAUUUGGAGCGUUGCAUUCCUUUUAGGUUUUAGUCAUUUAGAUUUAGAGGUAAGGCUGAAUGGAACGGUUUACUAUUUCGUAAGUGGUAGGUGGCAUCGUUUUACUUAAUUUAAUAUUUCAUUAUUCAAGUGAUUUAAGCUGCAAGUGCUAGUAUACAUACUAUUAGGGAUAUAAUUAUAAUUUCCAUAUUCUUAUAUUAAACAAUUUUUCAUAAAGA